AUGGACAUGCCACAUGGACUUUACCUUAUUGAACAAGUGGCAUUGCUCGUACCGACUCGCACCUUCACAUUCGCCUACCUUAUUCUCAUUUCUGAUACGUUCAUGAAUCCGACCAUCAAGCGAAUCCUCAAGGAAGCUGCAGAGCUGGCCAACACACCCUCGUCCGACUUUCACGCCGCCCCUCUCGAGAACGAUCUCUUCGAAUGGCACUUCACUCUCCGCGGCACCUCUCAGUCCCCAUAUGAAGGCGGCAUCUACCACGGCCGCAUCAUCCUCCCACCGGCAUAUCCCCUCAAGCCUCCGUCAUUCCGCUUCGUUACACCCUCGGGCAGAUUCGAGGCUAAUCGCGAGAUCUGUCUCAGUAUAUCUGGACAUCAUGAAGAGACGUGGCAGCCUGCAUGGGGCAUCCGGACGGCAUUGGUCGCCAUCCGGAGCUUCAUGGACACGGAAGCUAAGGGCCAAGUGGGCGGCAUGGAGGCUUCGGCAGAGGUACGUAAGAGGCUGGCUCGACAGAGUCCGAAAGCCAAAUGUGCCACAUGUGGGAAGACAAAUGAGGAGAUUAUGGCCGAGCAGGAUGAGGCUGUGAAGGAGGCCGGUGGAGACGCUGCUCAGAAGACGGAUGUGGUGCCAGAAGAGCUACGGUUGGCUUACAGAGAAGAUCUUGGGAAGUCCGGAGACGGGCCAGGGAAGCAGGCGAACGAAACCGCAGCGCUGUCAUCUGAUUCCAGUACACUCCAAGCGUCACCAGCAGCUGUAAAUGCAGACGUACGGCCUGCUCAACCUCAGCCUGCCUCUUCCUCUUCUUCUUCUCCUCCUCCUCCAGCUACUGCUCCAGUCGCGCAGAUAGCAGUACACACCACAGUUGCUGCUACAACGCAGCAACCACUCGCUCCACCCCCUCGAGAAGAAAUACCUGCCUGGAUUGACAAGGCUAUAUACGGGAUUCUCCUCGUGCUAGGAUUCAUGUGCGCGCACAAACUCUUCGGAUAG